UCAAUUAUAUUCUUUCAAUCUUCAAAACAUAAUUUUCAAUCAAACUAACAUAUUCAAACACAAUGGAUAUCAUGGAUAACUCACGUCAACCUUUGCUCCCAUCAUUCCUAUACUCUCCUAAUCAAUUCAAUAAGCUUGAACAUUUGAACACGAAUCAAUGUAAUUCGUUUUUGUCGAUGAGGUCGAUGUCCUUUGUUUCAUCAUCACCAUCACCUUCUACAACAAGUUUCGUGGUUCAAGCUCCAAUGGAGACACGUAAGAUCGAGAUGUUUUCUCUUGCUUAUUAUGGAGCCUGUACUGCCGGUGGUAUUUUGAGUUGUGGUCUCACUCAUAUGGCUGUUACGCCUCUUGAUCUCGUCAAAUGUAAUAUGCAGAUCAACCCUGGAAAGUACAAGGGUAUUAAAUCUGGUUUUGGAAUAUUAUUGAGGGAACAAGGAAUGAAAGGAUUUUUUAGGGGAUGGGUUCCAACCUUGUAUGGCUAUAGUGCACAAGGUGCUUGCAAGUUUGGGUUUUAUGAAUUUUUCAAGAAAACUUACUCUGAUAUUGCCGGUCCUGAGUAUGCAACCAAGUAUAAAACUUUGAUCUUCCUUGCUGGUUCUGCAUCUGCUGAAUUCAUUGCCGAUAUUGCUCUUUGCCCUUUUGAGGCAGUUAAGGUUCGUGUUCAAACGAAGCCCGGAUAUGCCAAAGGUUUGUCUGAUGGCCUUCCAAAGUUUAUCAAGGCCGAAGGCGUUUCUGGGCUUUUCAAGGGGUUAGCUCCUCUUUGGGGACGACAAAUACCAUAUACGAUGAUGAAGUUUGCAUCUUUUGAAACGAUUGUGGAGAAUUUAUACAAGUAUGCCAUCCCUGUACCGAAGGACCAAUGCAGCAAACAGUUGCAGCUUGGAGUGAGCUUCGCGGGUGGUUAUGUGGCUGGUGUAUUUUGUGCUAUAGUCUCUCAUCCGGCUGAUAAUUUAGUUUCUUUCCUUAACAAUGCUCAAGGAGCUACUGCUGGUGAUGCAGUCAAGAAACUUGGCUUAGUUGGUUUAUUCACCCGUGGUCUACCUCUUCGUAUCUUUAUGAUUGGAACGCUUACUGGAGCACAAUGGGGAAUCUAUGAUGCCUUUAAGGUGUUUGUUGGGCUGCCUACCACCGGUGGUGCAGCUCCUCCUACUCCUAAGUAA